AUGUCAUUCACCAACGCAGCUGCCUGGCUUUCGGAAGCAAAGAUGCAUCCGUUUGAAAUAAAGGAAUCACCCGUCGGCAAGCCAGAGGCCAACGAAAUCCUCGUCCGCAAUCAUGCUGUUGCCAUCAACCCUAUCGAUGGAAUAAUCCAAAUCAAGGCAUUCUUCCCGCUGAAGUAUCCAACCAUUCUCGGGCAGGACGUAGCUGGAGAGGUUAUUUCCAUCGGCGAGAAUGUCACUCGCUUUAAACCCGGAGAUCGCGUCCUAGGCCACGCCGUCGGUCUCUUGGCCGGGCGCAACGAGGCCUGCGCCUUUCAGGCCUACACUAUCCUACAAGACAACCUCGCCUGUGGAAUAGCAGACCACAUCAGCUACGAACAAGCCGUCGUUGUGCCUCUCUGUCUCUCCACCGCCGCGUGUGGAAUGUUCCAAGAGGAUUUUCUUCACCUGCAACUCCCGACUGAGCCGCGCGCUGCGUCCACCGGACAAACCCUUAUAGUCUGGGGCGGUGCAUCCAGCGUCGGCAGUAAUGCCAUCCAGCUCGCAGUUGCUGCAGGCUACGAGGUGUUUACCACCGCAUCUCCAAAGAACUUCGACUACGUCAGACGGCUCGGGGCUAGCGAGGUCUUCGAUUAUAGCAGUCCAACUGUCACCGAGGACAUUGUUCAAGCAGCCAAGGACAAGGUUCUAGCCGGUGUAAUCGACUGUAUUGGAUUCUCUGCCACAGUAGCGAGCGUUGACAUUCUGAGCAAAUCACAAGGGAAGAAGUUUGUCGCUACUGUCAAGGGUGAGUUUGCGCCGCCACCGGAUGGAAUACAAGUGAAGCAUAUCUUCGGAAUGACCCUCAAGGACAAUUUUGUUGGAAAAGCCGUGUACGAGGACUUCCUGCCGCGUGCGUUGCAGUCGGGGGCUUUUGUGCCUGCUCCUGAACCUCUGGUUGUGGGGACGGGUCUGGAAAAGGUGCAGGAGGCGGUGGAUUUGUAUGGGAAGGGAGGGAUUUCUGCUAAGAAGUUGGUUGUUCUGCUAUAG